AUGCUGCUGUGGGUAUCACUGCUGGUCCUGGCUCCUGUCAGUGGACAAUUUGCAACUGAACCAAAAUCUGUAAUUUUCCUCCAUUCUCCAUGGACCACUGUCUUCCAAGGAGAGAAUGUGACACUGACUUGCAAAACAUUUCACUUGGAUGCAUCAGAGAAAAUAAAAUGGUACCGUUGGUAUCUUCUGGAAAAAACACAAAGUGAAACCUCAGGAAACACGCAUGAGGUCCAUGAAUCUGGAGAUUACAGAUGCCAGGCCCAGGACUCACCCCUGAGUAAUCGUGUGGGCUUGCUCUUUUCUCCAGCCAACCUGAUCCUGCAGGCUCCACUUGAUGUGUUUGAAGAAGAAUCUGUAAUUCUGAGAUGCCGAGCAAAGGCAAACACAGUACUGAAAACUAUAAAGCUGUACAAGAAUGAAAAAGUCCUGGAAGAUCACACUGUGGAGAUACCAGUGGGAAUGUUGACUGACUUCCAUAUUCAUCAGGCAAGUCUGAAGGACAACGGCAAAUAUCACUGUACUGGAGUUAAGGAAGAUGAUCAGUUGGUUUCUUCAAACUCGGUCAAAAUCGAAGUCCAAGAGCUGUUUCCACGUCCUGUGCUGAGAGCCAGCUCCACCCAGCCCACUGAAGGAGGAGCAGUAACUCUGACCUGUGAGACCCAGCUCUCUCCACAGAGGCCAGAUGUCCAGCUCCAGUUUCACUUCUUCAGAGACAGAAGGUCCCUGGGGUCAGGCUGGGGAAGCUCUCCAGAAUUCUGGAUCCGCACCAUAUGGAGAGAAAACUCAGGGUCUUACUGGUGCCAGGCACAGAGCAUGAAUCCCUCUGUCCAGAAACAGAGCCAGAGAUUACAGAUACAGGUGAAAAAAGUUGUUCCUGACGUCCGUAUAUACCCUCUCCCAGAGUUGGUGUUUGAAGGGCAGGAGCUGGUGCUCAUCUGCUCAGUAAAUGGAGUUCCAGGCCCCAUCACAGUUUCUUGGUACAGAAAAUUCAAGCUGAGGAGAGAAAGAAAGCUUCACACUUCCUCAAAAACAGAAUUCAAGAUCCCUGUGGUGCAAAACAGCCAUGAUGGAGAGUAUUAUUGUGUUGCCAGCAAUAGUCAUUCCUCCUUCCGCAGUGACCCAGUGACCAUCAAUGUGAAAGUCCCCGUGUCUCAACCUGUCCUCACCCUCAGCCCUCCUGGGACCUGGACUUUUGUGGGAGAUGAGGUGAGCUUUGACUGUGAAGCUCAGAGAGGUUCUCUGCCCAUCUGGUAUCAGUUUUUUCAUGAAGGUGUGCUGCUCAUGAAGAUAGAAGCUACUUUAUGGAGAACAAUGUCCUAUAGAUUCUUUCUAACUGAAGAGCAUUCUGGGAACUACUACUGCACAGCUGACAAUGGCCUUGGCCUCCAGAGCAGUGAGACCCUGAGACUCUCUGUCACCAGUAAGCUCUGGAUUCCUGUCAGUGACCCAUCCCUGACCCUCUCACACCAACCUUUUCAGAGGUCUGCAUGGAUCUUCCAGUUUCCUACCCCAGUCAACCUCAUGCCUGUCUUGAGUCAAUGGGAAAAGAUCCUGGUAUCAACUAACUCAUUUUUGCUCUCAGUUCCAGUAUCUCACCCCAUCCUCACCCUCAGGACUCCCGGGGCCCAGGCUGUGGUGGGGGACAUGGUAGAGCUUCACUGUGAGGCAUGGAGAGGCUCUCCCCCAAUCCUGUACCAGUUUUAUCAUGAGGAUGCCAGCCUGGAGAGCAGCUCAAGCCCCUCUGGAAGGGGAGCUUCCUUCAACCUCCUUCUGACGGCAGAGCAUUCUGGGAACUAUUUCUGUGAGGCCAACAAUGGCCAGGGGUUCCAGCGCAGUAACACAGUGUCACUCAGUGUCAGAGUUCCAGUGUCUCAGCCUGUCCUCACCCUCAGGGCUUCCAGGGCCCAGACUGUGGUGGGGGACAUGGUAGAGCUUCACUGUGAGGCCCAGAGAGGCUCUCCCCCGAUCCUGUACCAGUUUUAUCACAAGGAUGUCACCGUGGGAAACAGCUCAGCUCCCUUGGGAGGGGGAGCAUCCUUCAACCUCUCUCUGACCACGAACCAUUCUGGAAACUACUCCUGUAAGGCCAACAAUGGCCUGGGGGUCCAGCAGAGUGAGGUGAUGCUACUCAGUGUCAUAGUUCCAGUGUCUCGCCCUAUCCUCACCCUCAGGGCCCCCAGGGCCCAGGCUGUGGUGGGGGAUGUGGUGGAGCUUCACUGUGAGGCCCAGAGAGGCUCUCCCCCGAUCCUGUACCAGUUUUAUCACAAGAAUGUCACCCUAGAGAGCAGCAUGUCCCACUCUGGACAAGGAGUGUCCCUCAACCUCUCACUGACUGCAAAUCAUUCUGGAACCUACUCUUGUGAGGCCGACAAUGGCCUGGGUCCCCAGUGCAGUGAGGCAGUGACACUUUCCAUCACAGGGCUGACAGAGAGCAGAAGUGGCCCUGUUGCCACCGGUGUCACCGGGGGGCUGCUCAGCAUGAUGGGUCUCGCUGCCAUAACACUGUUGUUCUACUGCUGGCUCCCGAGAAAAGCAGGGAGAAAGCCUACAUUUGACUCCUCCAGGAAUCAGUCAGCUUCAGACCCACAAGAGCCCACCUACCACAAUGUACCAAGCUGGAUAGAACUACAACCAGUGUACAGCAAUGUAAAUCCUAACAGAGGAGACGUGGUGUACUCGGAAGUCCGGACCGUGAAGGUGGAGAACAAACAGGCAGCAGCCUCUGACCCAGAGCUUCUCAAGAACACGGAUUCCUGCGUCAUCUACUCCCAGGUGAAGGGGGCUUACACCGCAGCCCCUAAGCCCCAGCUCUUGGCUGCAUCCCCUCCUCACAGAUGAGUCCACGCAGCUCCCGACUGCUGUCUCAGCCUCUGCACCCAAAACCACCCUUGGGGGAGAAGGGACAUCAAAGCGGGAAGAUUUAAACCUUGGGUCCUAGACCCAAGGCCACACCCAGCAACCUGUGCAUCAAGUGCCCACACCCUAGUGUGAACAGAACACAGGGCCCUGCAGGACUCCCGCCUAUUUCCAAAGUGACAGCCCUGGCCCAGUGGUCUUUUUCUUAAUGACAUGUGCUCCCAACCCAGGGCCCAUGAUGUUGCCUGGCUUCCUUAAUGAACUUCAGCUUUGGUCACUAUUCCGAGUCCUACCCCCAUACACAUCCCCACCAUUCCUCCAUGAGGACUGCCCCUAAAAUCUGCCACGGAUAACCUGCUUUCAGUGGGUGCUUUUCUCAGCUGCAGUCAGUCUGGUAAGGCUACAGUGGGCUCUGCCCAAUGGGACAGCACACACCCCUGGAGACAUGGACACUGCGCUCGUCAUGGACCUCCCCACGAUGGGACUGCAUUCCACACUCCCCCUGUCUGUCUGAAACUCUAAGCUCAGAAUCUGACACCAGGAUAACUCCUCUCCUGCCCAUGUGCCAAUAUCUACCUGCCCAAGUAAGUGGACUUCACACCUUAGGUCCUAGAUCCUUCCCUUCCUGCCAGAAGUAACCCAGGACAGUCAAGGCCAGGAGGACCAGAGAUGCAGAUAGAAUACAUAUUGAAAUAUAGGAGGUGCUCUAUCACUAUUUGAUUGAAUGAAUGAAUGAAUAAAUGAAGAAGAUAUUAUGGGUCAUUAUGGUGUAUUCCUACCCUCAAACUGGCAUCUGAUCCAGUGUGCUCCCUAGUAAAUCCAAGAAGUACUCUUUUCUCUUCCCUGA